AUGUCGAAUCAUGAGCUUAGUGACGAGAACUGCACGCCGCCAGAAAUGCGCGAAGCAGCUCGAGAAAUAUCAAUAGAUUUAUUACCCGAGAAGUCCAGAGAAGCGUAUGAAGAAACAUACACAAAAUUUGUCGAUUGGAAAAAAGCGAAUAAAGCCAUAACCUCUGAAAACUGCUUAAAAGUGUACUUUAAGAUGCUUAUGAAGAGUUACAAACCGACUACGAUGUGGUCCAUUCACUCCAAACUAAAAAAUACAAUUAAAGUUCAUGAAAAUGUUUCGAUCGAAACCUACAAGGAAUUAACAGCACUGCUUAGCAAUUAUUCCAAAGGAUAUAAAAGCACAAAGGCCAAAAUUUUCACGACUGAAGAAAUCAAGACGUUUUUAAAUACUGCUCCCGAUGAAACUUAUUUGGCACAUAAGGUUGUCGUUAUUUUUGGUUUGAGUGGAUGUUGUCGCAAGGGCGAAAUUUACGCUGUCAAAGCUAGUCACAUUACAAAGCAAGGAGCCCUUUUUGCAGUUGAGAUACCUGAUACAAAGAAUAAUGUGCCUCGAAAAUUUAUUAUUGACUCAGUUUACGCCCCGACUGUUCAAAAGUAUCUAGAUCUUCGUCCUGCAAAAGUGCAACGAGAAAACUUUUUCUUGCAGUAUCAUAACGGUAAAUGCACAAAUCAAGUGAUUGGCAUUAAUACCGUAGGCAGUAUGCCGAGAAAAGUUGCCGAAUUCCUCGGACUAAAAGAUCCUCAAGAAUACAAAGGACAUUCAUUACGAAGGACGUCCGCUACCGUUUUGGCCGACACUGGAGCUACUACUUUAGAUUUACAACGUUUCGGAGGAUGGAAAUCCGCAACAGUAGCUCAAAGCUACGUCGACGAUUCAACGGCGUAUAAGGUAGCGAACGCGGCAAAAAUUUCCAAGGCCAUCUCAGGAUCCAAAAAGGAAAACUUGGAAUCUAAAUCGGAGAAUGUUCCCUCCAAAAAACCGAAAAUUGACGAUUCUCAAUCGAAUGAUCUCAAAGAAUCUUCAGAGAAAACUUUUGUAUUAAAUAAUUGUAGCGUUACUAUACAUUACAAUAAGUAAGUGAUGUGUAAUUUGUGUACUGUUCUUUAUGC